UUUGUUUCCUAAAAGCAUCAGAAAUCACUUAAUUUGAUUUGCAAUAAGUGAAUUUUAUGCAGACAGUUGAUUGGAAACCAUGUAUCGUAAUGAAAACUAUUAAGAUAUUCCAACUUAAGCAUUUUCUUAAGCAAUAACAAGUUAAGGUUGCGUAUUGCCAAAGGAGAGUGUUCCAUUUUUAAAUGCAACUUUUACUCCAACCAGAGUUAUUCCAUCUGUAGAUACAAGUAAAUAAACCAUUUCAAGUCCUGAUAAAACAUAUGCAGAAUUUGGAACAAUAGAGGUCAACAAUAAUUUAUUAAAGUUUUAAGUUGAUUUUACAACACAUUACUAAAAAAAAUUAGUUUAUGGUACAUUAUUUACCUAACCAUUAUCAAUGAAUUAUUCUAUUUGGGUCCAUUAAAAUAACAAGGUAAAAAUCUUGUUUUUAAUAAUAUAGACUAUUGCAUAUAAAUUAUAUGAGUGUCCAAAUAUGACUAUGGAACUCACAAUAACUCAAAUAAAUUUGGAAGGAAUGACUGAUAUAUAAAAGAUGUAAGUUGUAAAUGCAAUGAAUUCUAUAAAAUUCUUAAAUCCAAUGAUAAAUCAAUAUUACAAAGAUCAUGCUGAUACUUUUUGUUCAAAAUUAAAAUUAUUUAUUAGCUAGAAGCUAAUCUCAAAUAAAAUAAGUUUCAAUAUGUUUGAAUUUUAUUAACUUGAUGAUCUUAAUCCUAAAAUAAUUGAAUCAAUAGAAAAUAUAAUAUUUUAAGGACUAAAUUUCAAUAGCCAGAGCUAUGUUUUAGGAUUAAAUGUUGAAAUUUUUAAUUAUAUGACCGAAAGCACAACACCUUUAGAUGUUAAUUAGAUUAAAUUAAAUACAUUCUCUUUUGGUAUAUCAAUGGAUCUAUUGAAAACAUACUUUGAUUAUGGAGCAGAGAAUAGCAUGUUUGAUGUUAGAAUAACAAAUAAUAAUUAUCCAAUAGAUGGUUUUUCUUAUAAAACAGGAGAUUUAAGAACUAUGAUUCCAUCAGCUUAUUAUUCAUUCAAAUUAAACACAGAACUAAUAGUUGAGUGCAAACUUAUAACUCACAGUUUUUUGGGUUUAACUGAUUAAGCAGUGAUAAAUAACAGCAUAUCAGUUUAGUUAGGACAUAAUUGUUAGGUAAUUACUUAAGGUAUAUUAAUCACCAGCUUUGAAAUUGGUGUCGAAAUGAAGUUAGGAAUAAAAGAAUUUUCAGAAUAUAUAGAUCUUGUAAAGUAUUUUUUUAAUUAAAUAGUACAUAAAGGAAUAUCAAUUAUUAGUAUUGAAAUUUAAAGAGGAACUAAAUUAUGAAAUUUGGAGUUUAAAGAAUUUAGAAAGGUAAGAAAAUAAUUAAAUUUUAAGUAUAAUUUAGAGUGGAUUAGAAUAAAAUUUGAUGGGUAGAAAUGUUUAUGGAUCAGGAUGGUUAAAAAACUAAUUAGGACCAUAAAUCAGUUAUGGUUUUACUAGUCAAACUUUAUCUAUUUGGAAUGCACAUUUGAUUUGAUUAUCUAUAUUAUCAAUUUAAAAAAAUCGUCCCACC